AUGGGGAACCGCUACAACACAGAGGGGGAACCACUACAACACAGAGGGGAACCACUACAACACAGAGAGGAACCACUACAACACAGAGAGGAACCGCUACAACACAGAGGGGGAACCGCUACAACACAGAGGGGGAACCACUACAACACAGAGGGGGAACCCCUACAACACAGAGAGGAACCCCUACAACACAGAGGGGGAACCCCUACAACACAGAGGGGGAACCCCUACAACACAGAGAGGAACCCCUACAACACAGAGGGGGAACCCCUACAACACAGAGGGGGAACCCCUACAACACAGAGGGGGAACCCCUACAACACAGAGAGGAACCGCUACAACACAGAGGGGGAACCCCUACAACACAGAGAGGAACCGCUACACACAGAGAGGGAACCCCUACAACACAGAGGGGAACCACUACAACACAGAGGGGGAACCACUACAACACAGAGAGGAACCACUACAACACAGAGGGGGAACCGCUACAACACAGAGAGGAACCACUACAACACAGAGGGGGAACCACUACAACACAGAGAGGAACCGCUACAACACAGAGAGGAACCGCUACAACACAGAGGGGGAACCACUACAACACAGAGAGGAACCGCUACAACACAGAGAGGAACCGCUACAACACAGAGAGGAACCACUACAACACAGAGGGGGAACCGCUACAACACAGAGGGGGAACCGCUACAACACAGAGGGGAACCGCUACAACACAGAGAGGAACCGCUACAACACAGAGGGGGAACCGCUACAACACAGAGAGGAACCGCUACAACACAGAGGGGGAACCACUACAACACAGAGAGGAACCGCUACAACACAGAGAGGAACCGCUACAACACAGAGAGGAACCCCUACAACACAGAGAGGAACCCCUACAACACAGAGAGGAACCGCUACAACACAGAGAGGAACCGCUACAACACAGAGAGGAACCGCUACAACACAGAGGGGGAACCACUACAACACAGAGAGGAACCGCUACAACACAGAGAGGAACCGCUACAACACAGAGAGGAACCCCUACAACACAGAGAGGAACCCCUACAACACAGAGAGGAACCGCUACAACACAGAGAGGAACCGCUACAACACAGAGGGGGGAACCGCUACAACACAGAGAGGAACCGCUACAACACAGAGAGGAACCGCUACAACACAGAGAGGAACCGCUACAACACAGAGGGGGAACCGCUACAACACAGAGGGGGAACCGCUACAACACAGAGGGGGAACCGCUACAACACAGAGGGGGAACCACUACAACACAGAGGGGAACCGCUACAACACAGAGGGGGAACCGCUACAACACAGAGGGGGAACCGCUACAACACAGAGAGGAACCGCUACAACACAGAGGGGAACCGCUACAACACAGAGAGGAACCGCUACAACACAGAGGGGGAACCGCUACAACACAGAGGGGGAACCACUACAACACAGAGAGGAACCACUACAACACAGAGAGGAACCGCUACAACACAGAGAGGAACCGCUACAACACAGAGGGGGAACCACUACAACACAGAGAGGAACCGCUACAACACAGAGAGGAACCGCUACAACACAGAGAGGAACCCCUACAACACAGAGAGGAACCCCUACAACACAGAGAGGAACCGCUACAACACAGAGAGGAACCGCUACAACACAGAGGGGGAACAGCUACAACACAGAGAGGAACCGCUACAACACAGAGAGGAACCGCUACAACACAGAGAGGAACCGCUACAACACAGAGGGGGAACCGCUACAACACAGAGGGGGAACCGCUACAACACAGAGGGGGAACCGCUACAACACAGAGGGGGAACCACUACAACACAGAGGGGAACCGCUACAACACAGAGGGGGAACCGCUACAACACAGAGGGGGAACCGCUACAACACAGAGAGGAACCGCUACAACACAGAGGGGAACCGCUACAACACAGAGAGGAACCGCUACAACACAGAGGGGGAACCGCUACAACACAGAGGGGGAACCACUACAACACAGAGGGGAACCACUACAACACAGAGAGGAACCACUACAACACAGAGAGGAACCACUACAACACAGAGAGGAACCGCUACAACACAGAGAGGAACCACUACAACACAGAGAGGAACCGCUACAACACAGAGAGGAACCGCUACAACACAGAGAGGAACCGCUACAACACAGAGAGGAACCGCUACAACACAGAGAGGAACCGCUACAACACAGAGAGGAACCGCUACAACACAGAGAGGAACCACUACAACACAGAGAGGAACCACUACAACACAGAGAGGAACCGCUACAACACAGAGAGGAACCGCUACAACACAGAGAGGAACCACUACAACACAGAGAGGAACCACUACAACACAGAGAGGAACCGCUACAACACAGAGAGGAACCGCUACAACACAGAGAGGAACCACUACAACACAGAGAGGAACCACUACAACACAGAGAGGAACCGCUACAACACAGAGAGGAACCGCUACAACACAGAGAGGAACCGCUACAACACAGAGAGGAACCGCUACAACACAGAGAGGAACCACUACAACACAGAGGGGAACCACUACAACACAGAGAGGAACCGCUACAACACAGAGAGGAACCACUACAACACAGAGAGGAACCACUACAACACAGAGGGGAACCGCUACAACACAGAGAGGAACCACUACAACACAGUGGGGAACGUGAGAACCAGAGGAGCAAAAGAGAGAGAAAGAGAAGAAAUACAAAAAAGAUGUAACAUCGUGUGA